AUGUCGAAAUCUCCUCGAGUGCAAAAGCUAAAUGAAGAAAUUGAACAAAUUAGUAACGAUAUUUCCGAAUUAGAAUUAUCAUUAACAAAAGAUUCCGGGAAUAUAGAACUGGAAUCGGAAUUAGAAGAAGAAACGGAAUUAUCGUUAGAGGAAGAAGAAGAUCUAGAGGAAAGUAGUGAAGAUAUAUCAUCUCAAAUUAUACUAAAAAGUCCAGCAAAAUCAAAAAUAUCUGCGAAAUCUCCUAUAAGUUUCAAAUCAUCAAAUUCUACUAUAAAAACAGACCCGCUAAAACCAAAAAAUAAGUCGCAUAGCAGUAUGGAUAUGUCUCGAAGUUUGUUUGAACGUUCAGUUAACGUAAUGAAACGAAGAGCAGAAAUUCGCUUAGAAAUGCAAGCAGAAGCUGAAGAUCCAUACGAUGAUUACUCAGAUAUAUUUCCUAUUAGUAAUCAGCUUUCAACAUAUAGACCUAAAGAUUCUCCUUCUUUGAAACAAAGGUUUUAUGAAUCUACUGCUAAAAGAAAAGAAUUCAUUAGGAAUGCACAAAAAGCCAAAGAAGAUGAAGAAAUGAAAGAAUGCACUUUUUCACCAACAAAAUUUUCAAACUAUCAAAUUUCUCAUAAAAGUCAGAAAAUAUAUCAACGACCAUAUGAAUACAAGCAGCCAUCUCAAAAACGCACCAAAAAGUCGUCAGAUACUGUUAAUAAUCUUGAUAACAAAGAAUUCUUGUACAGACAGAUGAGACACUCAAGAAAAGAGAAGAUGGAUGAAGAACCACCAAAGACUGUCAUAUCAAAAGGAACUCUUAAGCGUUUGACAUCACCUAAGAAAGAAAUUGAACCAGAGCCAGUAAAUACAGAUACUAACAAUCAGCAGCACUUUACAUCGGAUACUAUGUAUAGAUUACUACGUCAGAACCCCACAAAAUAUGAAAUUUCGCGUGGCCAAUACAAGCGAAAGGACGACCAAGUUUCAUUUCUUACAGAAAAUAGUAGAAUUAUUGUUGAAAAUCACAAGAAAAGAGAUUUUUACGAGGACUCGAUAAGAAAAUCAAAAUUAGAUGAAGAACAGAGCCUCGAGAGGCAAAAGUAUAAAGAAGCAAUUGAGCUUCAUGAUUGUACUUUCAAGCCUGAUAUAAAGCCAAGUAAGUACUAUAAGAUUUAA